AUGUCACUUCAAUCAAGACCUCGUCUACAUUUGAUGGAUGCUUUCAAAUCUGGCGGAUGGCGACAUGGUACACAAGCCUUUUGUGCCGAAUCAUUCGUAUAUUUUCAUGCGGGGAGUCGUGGCAAUAGUCGCACGAAAAUGCCAGAUAAUCAGAUUCUCAUAUCGUCGAUGAAGGUAUACAACGAAUAUCUCACUCCAAGGUACUGCUACAUGGCUGCAGAAUCUCCCGCUUCUGUGUAA